AUGGCACAAGGAAAAGCUUAUACUCAAGUGAAGAAGAAGAAGAAAAAAAGAAGAAAGAGAAUAAGAAAAGAUCAAGAAAAACAACAGGAAACAGAUGUAGAAACAUUUGAAAAUUAUUAUUCCCACAGUCAGGGCAAAUCUGCUAUAUUAAAUAGGGCAGCUCUAUGGCCAAAUGGUGUAAUUCCAUUUAUGAUAGAUCCAUCAUUACGUAGUGUGGAAUACAUUGUAAGGCAAGCCAUAGAGCAAUAUCAUUAUUACACAUGCAUCAGAUUUAUUCCAAGAACCAACCAGCAAAACUAUUUGCGAAUAUUCAAUGGUGGCGGCUGUUACGCUCACGUAGGAGUUACAUCUGGCGAGCAGCCCGUAUCAUUGGGGCGCGGCUGCCACAAUGUGGGAACGGCCGUUCACGAAUUGGGCCAUUCCAUAGGUUUUUAUCAUGAACAAAAUCGGUCUGAUCGAGACGAGUUUUUGCAAAUCCACUGGGAAAACAUUGCUUUA